AUGGCUACUUAUAUGUUAGAUCCAUAUUUUUUAGAAGAAAGCAAAAUUACUAAUAUAAAGAUAACGGAAUAUAAAGAAUUCACAGAAUUCACAAGUAAAAGAUUCAGUCAAGAGGAAUCUGUGAUUAUAUUUACAGAAUUAUGGCAAUCUUGGUCAAAUAGUAACAUUCAACAACUAGCUAUUAAGAUUCUUUCAAUUUCAACGUCAUCUGCCACCACUAAAAGAAAUUUUUCUAUGUUUAGGUUUAUUCAUAAUAAAAUCUGUAAUCAAUUGCAAAAUGAAAGUGUUAAGAAGUUGAAUCAGUUAUCUGACGAAGAAAUAAAUUGUGUAAAUGAAUAUGAGAACCAAUAUGAAUGUGAGAAUGAGUGGAAUGAGUAUGAUGAAAAUGACUAUGAAUACGAUGAAAACCAAACAAUAGAUUAUAAAAGUGAACUACAACAAUAUGAUAAUAACGAUAUAACAUAUAACUUUUCAGGAAAGGAUUUUUCUAAUAUUGUCAAACAUCCAGACUUUAAUCUUAACGAUGUUCCAUGCUUUCUUCCUACCAUCAAAAAAUAUCGAAAUAGUUUACCAUUAAUUCCAUUUAAUGGUUAUAAUGUUAAACUAAAUAAUUGGAACACUUUUUUAACAUUAAAACCUACACGUCAAUCAUUUAUAUUUCCAUUAAAAUUAAUUUUAUAUCAUAUAUUAUUAAAUCCAAAGUUGUGUAAUCAAAUGUAUUUUGAUUCUAGCAUUUAUUCUGAUAUUAUACGGAAGUUAUAG